UAUAGGUCAGUGAAUCGUAUCCGGCGCGGCCGGUGCGGCGCGCUCGCUCCAGAGCUUGCCGCGUGUUUUAAACUGACUGCCGAGUUGACUGCUUGAUGACGUGACAUCGAGAUUUCAAAUAAUCUGUUAGACUGCGACACCGAGGCAACUAUGUGAAAGUGCAAAAAUAUCGCCAGGAAGGCAGAGGACACGUCAAACCUGGUAUCGGAAGAUGAUGCUGUGUAGAAGCGAAAGAGACGUCUUUCCCCAGAGAUUUAGCAAAUCUUCUAGUGAUUCCGGAAGUGACGCUGAUCUUGAAUCAGUUCGGACCCAAGAAAACAACAUGUACAUACACGGAGGAACGACUAAGGCUGUGGCAGCAGAGUUACCAAUGCCGAAACUGAAUGCGAAGUCCAAGUCCACAUCGCAUUUUUCAGUUCCAACCCACAACUCCAGCAAGGGCUCGGGCUUCGGAAAGCAAUUUUCAAGUGCAGGUACUGUGUACGCUGCAGAGGCUGGAGGAAGGGCAGCAGCAGCUGACGCAGUUGGUACAAAAACUGCUUUUGUCCAAAUCGGGAGCGGCCGUUGAUGUGGAAGACCUGAGGGAGCCGUUUACCGAACCAGUGAACACCAAAUUUUCAUUCAAGGUAGAUUAAGAUACCUUCAUUCAGGGGCAAUGCAAAAAUCCUAAAACUCAUAUUGAGACCAAAUUUGACCAUUUCAGCUAAUAAUGGAGAAACUUUAUCAGCGACAUAACAGUUUUGUUGGUGCAUCUUUUUGGAUUGAAUUGCCAACAUCUUGUUGAGAAUGCAAGACAAACUUGUAUAGGUCUGUAAAUUUACUACUUUUUGUAAGGAUGCUGAAACCGAUGGCCCGAAUUCACAAAGGAGGUUUGAGCUCAAACCUUGGUUUUCGUACGUCAUAUGACGCGUUUUACGCGUUUUUUACAAACCUGGUUUGUAAAGAACAAAAGGAGGUUUGGCGAAACAAAAGGAGGUUUGAGCUCAAACCUUGCUUUGUGAAUUCGGGCCAAUGUGUGUGCUGCCAAACUCUCUUAUAACCUUGUCUUCCAUAUUCAUAGACCCUUAAAUUUGAGUAUUCAUAUUUGCCUGUUAAUAAUUCAUAUCAACUAAUUUCUAUCAGUUUAUUGUAAAUAGCUUUUUGUAGAUUGUUCAUGUGUUUUGUGUUGAUUUUAUAUUUGAAGUAAGAUGCAAGGUCCAAUGCAAGGCUUCUGGGAAAUCUUGACCUGCACACUAAAUCUUUGGUCGAUCAAAAGGACAAUUUUGUACUCGGAUUUAAAGGGGAAAUCUACCCUAGAAAUUUCACUGCUUCAAUCAAAGGAGACAAAUUUGAACAAAAUUAAAAAUAAGAAAUGGGCAAACUUGGUAAGGAAAACAAAGUAAGGAAACUACUCUUUUUUUACAUUUUCUAGUAAAUUACUCUCGGCUAUUCAAAUUGACAAUGCUGAUGACAUCUUGAGUAGCUCUAAAUUCACUUUGUACACAAAAUUUUACAUUUUCUAACCCCCAUAGUCAAAGCAUGUUGUCUAGAAAGCUAUUCGUCAUUAGUAAUCUGAACAUACUCUGAUUAAAAGCUGUGGAAAUGUGUAACUUUAAGGAAAAUUUAGAAAAUAUGAAAUUUUGAGUACAAAGUUGAUGGAUAGCUACUCACAGUUGGUGUCAUCAUUGUUGUCAAUUUGUAGAGCUGAAAAGAGUGUAGUUUCCUUGUGUUUUUUUGCCGUACUUUCACUUGAAAUGUGACUUCUUAAAAUAGUCACAUUUUUAUCACUUGUAGAAGUUGAUGAGAAAGUAAAUACAUGUACUCUUUUGAAUAGUUAUAAUUUGCACCGGAUGAUGAAGCUAAUCCUGGGUGGAGGCACAUAGUUAAAUCGGUUAUUCACAUGUAUUUAAUGAUAAUUUGUGACAUUUUGUUAAAAGGUUCUGGUGAAUUUAUUCACAUUGAAUUUGAUAUAGUACACAAAAAAUUAAAUCCACUAUUUGGUUUUACCAAAGAUCAAGACUUAUUGUAGAAAGAUUUCUUAAUCAUUUGCUGGGGCAUCUUUUUGGCAUGAAUUGCCAGGUUCUGUAAAUAACUCAAAUUGCUUUUAUAAAGUGUGUUACCAAAGUUGCUAUAUGUGUGCUGCCAAAUUAUUGACACUAUUCAAAGUAUUCAUUUUAUCUUGCCUUGUAUAUUCAUAGAGACAUAGACCCGUGAAUUAUAUGAGUAUUCAUAUUUGCCAGUUAAUGAGGCAUAUCUUCAACUCAUCUAUCAUUUUCUUAUGUUUUAUUUGUAGAUUGUUCAUGUGUUAUGUAUCUAUAGUUUUAAAGGGAUAGUUUAGUAUUGGUCAAACUUAACUUUAAAACCAAAACCUGCACCAUCACGGUGCAAAGUAAUAAUUACAAACGGCCAAGUAAAGCCCCUGUUAUUAUCAAAAUGACCCGUUACUUUCAGUUUCUGCAUUUAAUUUUUGUUAAAAUACUAAUUAAAUAUCUAUAUCCAUUGCUUUUUAAAGAACUAUUCAGAUUUUUUUUCUUCAAAGUAGUCUUCAUGCAUUUUUAAUAUUUUGAAUAAAAAUAUAUUUAUGGAUAUUUCAGCCGUUUGUGAACCGAUAUUGAUAAAAAAACAAUUUAUUCUGAAUAUUAGAAUUGUAUGUUCUUUCGGGGGCACUUCGGGAAAUACCAAUACUCUUUUUCAAAUAUACAUGAUGUACUGUAUUGCCAAGCCUUUGUACAUAUUUUGUAAAUAUGUUUGAUAAUAAAUUCAUAAAAUCAAUCAAA